UUCAGCUCUAUGGCAAUAAAAACGGCAAGCAGCAACGGCCCAGCAGCAGAAGCAGAAUAUCAAUAAAGAAACGGAGAAACUGUGCUAAAAUUGGCCGGAAUUGUGCAAAAAAUGUGGCUUACCUAAAAACGGAAAUGAUUAAAAACAAAACACGUGCGUGCCAUCGUGGAGAGCAAGAGCAGCAGUAGUGGCAACCUUUUGUGAUACAAAGAGAACGACGUCGUCGUAUUCUCAUACGUUUGAGAGAGCAUAGUGUGUGUGUGAGCGAGCCAGCAAGCAAGCAGGCAAACGGACAAGCGUGCGUGUGCAAGGGAGAAAAGUGAAUCAGCGAAAGUACGAGUGUUCAACUAAAUGGCAAUAGAAACGGCCCCAGCAGCAGCCGCACCAGAAUAUCAAUAAAGGAAGGGAGGUGAAAAUUCCAUUGAAUAGGAGCGAAAAAAAACCGUGAAGCAAGAGAGAAAUUACGACGUCGACGUCCUCAGGCCAACAGCAGCUAAGACGAAACCAAAUUUACAAAUACCGAUACGAAGUGAAAUUGUUUGUUGUUGUGCUCCAAAACAAAAAACUGAGUGGAAAAACGCGACAACGACGUACCGCAUAAAGCUUUUCAACGAUAAAGCGGCUUUUUAACGCUUAGCCACCAGUCGCAGUCCACAGCAUUAACCGCAGCAGUGACAAGUGGUGUGUUGUUGGCCGACACGUUCAUGUGCAGGUGUGUGACUGUGUGUGUGUGUGCUGCGUCGUGAAAAGUGCCAGUGGAGGAAAUUAGCCCAAGAAGGGCGCACACAUGGUCCAGCUGCAACUGCAACACUCACAUUAGUUCCAGUUCUAGAUCCAGCAGCGGCCAAGUAGCAAUUUGUACAACUCCCAGCGAAAGCUUUAGCUACAGCUCCAGCUGCAGCUAUUAUCAUAGCGCGCAUCUUUAAACAUGUCUUCGAAUAAUCAAUCAGGCGUCAGCCAAGUGGCAACAAGUGCCACUCAACGGGGCGCAGGUGGUAUUAGCAAUUCCACCACAGGCAGUGGUGGUGGCGGUGGCGGUGGCGAUGCCUCAGACGCACAAGGCGGCAACAGCAGCAACAACAACAACAAUGCCAAUACCACCACAAACAGCAGCAAUAAUAGCUCCAAUACCGCUGCCAGUGCUACCCACGAUAGUCCGACGCACAGUGCGCACAAAAGUCAUAGCCAUGGUCACGUGGCCACCAACACCAAAGAACGUGUCGUUGACAGCGUUCCCUUUCCGCCCAGCCACAAGUUGACGCUGGCAGAGGUCUUUGACGCACGGACCGGCAAGCCUAAUCACGACCUACUGAAGCAGCAUUUUGUGCUAGAGGGUCGUAUCGAAGAGGCGCCUGCUUUGCGCAUCAUCCAAGAAGGGGCGGCCCUGUUGCGUCAGGAAAAGACCAUGAUCGAUAUUGAGGCACCUGUAACCGUGUGUGGAGACAUUCAUGGCCAGUUCUACGAUCUCAUGAAGCUAUUUGAAGUCGGUGGAUCACCAGCGACCACAAAAUAUCUCUUCCUGGGCGACUAUGUGGAUCGAGGCUACUUUAGCAUCGAGUGCGUCUUGUAUCUGUGGUCGCUGAAGAUCACCUAUCCGCAGACGCUGUUCCUGCUGCGUGGCAACCACGAGUGCCGGCACCUCACUGAGUACUUCACGUUCAAGCAGGAGUGCAAGAUCAAGUACUCGGAACGUGUGUACGAUGCAUGCAUGGAUGCGUUCGACUGCCUACCGUUGGCGGCUCUCAUGAACCAGCAGUUCCUCUGCGUGCAUGGCGGUCUGUCGCCGGAGAUACAUGAACUGGAGGAUAUACGACGGCUCGAUCGUUUCAAGGAGCCGCCCGCCUUUGGCCCCAUGUGCGACCUAUUGUGGUCGGAUCCGCUGGAGGACUUUGGCAACGAGAAGAACUCGGAUUUCUACACGCACAACUCGGUGCGCGGCUGUUCGUACUUCUACAGCUACGCCGCGUGCUGCGACUUCCUGCAGAACAACAAUCUGCUUUCGAUCAUAAGGGCGCACGAGGCGCAGGACGCCGGCUACCGCAUGUACCGCAAGAGCCAAACCACCGGUUUCCCCUCGCUAAUCACAAUUUUCUCGGCGCCUAACUAUCUAGAUGUGUACAACAACAAGGCGGCGGUACUCAAGUACGAGAACAACGUGAUGAACAUAAGGCAAUUCAACUGCUCGCCGCACCCCUACUGGCUUCCCAACUUCAUGGACGUGUUCACCUGGUCGCUGCCCUUCGUUGGCGAGAAGGUCACUGAGAUGCUGGUGAACGUGCUGAACAUCUGCUCCGACGACGAGCUGAUGACAGAGGAGAGCGAGGAGCCCUGCUCCGAUGACGAGGCGGCACUGCGCAAGGAGGUCAUACGCAACAAGAUACGAGCCAUCGGCAAAAUGGCGCGCGUGUUCUCCGUGCUGCGCGAAGAAUCGGAAUCGGUGCUGCAGCUGAAGGGCUUAACGCCGACUGGCGCACUCCCCCUGGGCGCCCUCUCCGGCGGCAAACAAUCGUUGAAGAAUGCCAUGCAGGGCUUCUCCCCCAAUCACAAGAUUACCUCGUUCGCGGAGGCCAAGGGCCUCGAUGCGGUCAACGAGCGGAUGCCCCCUCGUCGCGAUCAGCCGCCGACGCCAAGUGACGAGCAUCAGCAUCAUAGUCAGGGCAACAAUGGAGCGGCGCAUGGAUAAGUACCAUCAAUUGCUGUACUAGGGCGGCGGCAUUGUUUUGUAAUGGUUAACGACGGACAACGGCAGCGGUUGCAACGUCGUCAACGGAGUCAUCGUUGUCCUUCUUCUCCUCCUCUUCGUUAAUGAUGUGGUUGUAGUUGUGGGCUAGUGCGUGUGCGGCUUGCGUACAUACAAACACACAUAUACAUGAGUACAUAUAAAUCUAUAUAGGAACAUACAUAUAAUAUACAAAGUUGAACAAAACUGUCGUUUUAACUGAAAAACAAAAUUGAGAAUUGUUAAAAGAAGAGCCCAAAAAUGUGCAACCACACGCCUCGAUGAUGCAUGGAAAGCGAAAGGAAAAUUGCGUUAACAUAAACACCAACAAACAAGAAACAUUUAAAAUCGUUAAGCAGCGCAGAACCAGCAGCAGAGCUAAUUAUAAAUAUAUAAACAAAAAAGUAACAAACAAGCAAACGAAAUUUUGAUUGUCUCACCUCCCACUUUCUUUCUCACAUAUCUCAAGUACGCAUAAACACUUACACACAUGUAUACGUUGGAUAUUACAAUUAUUUGUAGCAUACUUUUGUGCGCCCACACCAAUUUCAUUUCCCGAUAUCAAGUCCCAAUAAUCCUGUUGCGCCCUGCUAAACUAUACUUUCCACACCCAAAAUAAUCAUCAUGAUCAUCAUCAUCAUCGAUGUAGUCGUUACUCAUUCCUUAAGUUGAGGCAAACGUUUUGUAUGUACUGUAAAGAAUCCAAUUAGUCUUAAGCUCUAUGCCUAGAUGUACAUGCAUGGAUACAUACAUAUAUGUAUAGAUGAUGGCUGAAAGGCCAAAACACUGGCAAACCUUCGAACUGUGCAAUCUUUUUACCAGAAAACAACACUGAGUUGAAAUAAUUUGCAAUAUGUGCCGCAAUAGUCCAUAAAUGUUCCUUAUACAUAUUUUAUAUGAAAAAGAGAGUAUAUCUAUGCAUAAUAAAUAUACAUUUGUGUAUAUAGAUACUUACGGAUAUGUCUGUGUAUUGUUUACCUAAUUAACAGUUAUUGUUGCUUUAUCAUAAUUUUACUUAAAUACGUUUUACGCAUACACAAAUGCAUACGAGUAUGCGUGUAACUUACUGUGUUUCAUAAGUUUGCCGAAUUAGUUUUCUUUACAAAACCCACUCAAGUGGUUUACCAGUUAAGCUACAUUAUUACAUACAUAUAUACAAACAUAUAUAUAUAUCUACAAAGAUGAAUUCAAGCAAAUCCGAUUGCGUAUCAUAUGCAAACAAAAUCAAAAAACAACAAAAAUGAAUAAACAAACAUUGCAUUUUCAAUAAGAAUGUUUUUAAAUGUUGAUACUUGUAGAGAAAUAACAGCAGAACAGCAAAUGCUUUAUAUUUAAGCCUCCACACACACACCCACACACGCAACCCCCUUAAAUUUAAAUAGCAAAUUAAAUGAAAAACAAUUAAAUUACAACACAUAA